UUCUUCUCUCCACCUGUUGAGCUCAUCAAGUUUGUUUGCGCGCGGACCUCCUAAUGACUCAGUCAGCGCGCGAGGAGGGUGUGUGUAACACGAGCCCUCAUAUUUAUCUGACGUGAGAGCGGAACUGUCAGAAGAGCCACAAGUGCAAAAGAAGAAAAGGAGGGGGAAAAAAACAAAAAUCAAAACAGAGACGAAAAGAAAGGUCAGUCAGAGAGAGAUGAGCAGCGUCCGAAGCCAUAGCGGAGCCUCCAACAGCCUGCAGAGCCUCAGCAGCAGCAGCAUGAGUCCGCUCAGCGCCGCCAGCAUCUGCACCCUGACAGCCCUGCUGCUCCUCACCGUGCCCCUCUGUCACAGUGCUCCAGCAAAUCUUCAGCAAGCCACAACAGAUCAGAGACAGCUAAUCAGCCAGAUAGACGCUGUGUGCUCGUCCUACCUCUCGGCAGACCUGAAGUUACGGGCAUCUGAUGUCUUAGGAGAACUCUGUGUGUUGAUGUUGGUUCAAAAGUCAAAGGAGCUAAAAGUGCAAGAAAAUAGUAAAAGGUUUUUAUUUCAUUACUCUAGACCACAAGGUUCUGUCUUGUCUCAGGGGUCGACUCCUCGGUUGCACCCUCUUCUGCGUCUAAUUUCUCAACUCCAUACCAGAAGAGAGAGAGAACUCACAAUGCACGCCGAACUCCAGGGACCUGGGGGAAUCCAGAGCAGAGGCUACUUCCUCUAUCGGCCACGAAAUGGAAGAAGAUCCUUAGAAUAUGAAUGAAUUGAAAGAGUCUCCACAUCUAAAGCUUAUUGUACAGAGACGACAAAGACCCUGAGACCCGAGCCGCUGCACCUCGACCGAGUGAUCCAGACUCCAGCCACAGCCCUCUGCCACAGCUGUAGUGAUGUUUGAAUGUACACUAUGAAUAUUCAUUAAAAAUACUGUUUAUUUGUCCAGAUUUUAUUUUGUGUUAUAAUGUGGGUCAUUCGCAUUAAAACUGCUAUAAUGUGAUCGGAGUUGGUGGAGUUGUGUAAGUUUGAUUCAUUACACAUUAAUGUAUCUGGAAAUCGUGUAAAACAAGAACACUAUGAAUGAGAGCUGCAAAAUAUAUACGGAAAUGGACAAUUUAAACACACAUUAGGACUGUUUUAAUCACAAUAAAAGCACUUAUUUAGCAGAUUAGACAAAGUUGCUACACUUACUUUAUUACCUGAGUUUAUUAAUAAUUAAGCAACUGUUAUCAAAAUUAUGCCUGCAUUAUAAUAAUAGACAUUUUUUUGUAUCUUGUCAACAAUCAGUAAGAAAGAACAUCUAAACUUGUACAAACAAAAUAAGAAUUUACCAUAUUUUUAACACCAUUAUUUGUUUUUUAUGUGAGUGUUUUUGCUAAAUGUACAAAUUAUCUUCUUGAAAUACUACUUGUAGAAAUUCAUGUCUUGUCAGUUACUAAUGUGAUAAAAGAAAUGAGAAAACAUAAAUGUGUGAUUACUGUUCUCAACAGUAGAUGUCACCAUCAUCAGCGAAAUAAAGCUGGAAUCUGUGUA